AAUGUCAUCAAAAGAUCUUAUUGAUCUUGCAGAUGGAUGAAGUGUUGGCUUCUGUUGCUGAGACUAUAAAGAACUUUGCAGUAAUAUACCUUGUAGAUAUCACAGAGGUACCAGACUUCAACACCAUGUAUGAGUUAUACGAUCCAUCUACAGUCAUGUUCUUCUUUCGUAACAAACAUAUCAUGAUUGAUCUUGGUACUGGUAACAACAACAAGAUCAACUGGGCAAUGAAGGACAAACAAGAGUUCAUCGACAUCGUUGAGACUGUCUUUAGAGGUGCCAGGAAAGGCCGAGGUCUUGUCAUUGCUCCCAAAGAUUAUUCCACCAAAUACCGUUACUGAUACUUCUAUGUUGUAUCUGUAAAUUUCUUUCCAGAGUGCAUGCUUAUGCUGGCAUCAAAUUUAUUAACAUUAACAUGUACAACGAUGUGAUAAAUGCUGUUAGUACUCUGUGUGUGGUGGUUUUAUGGUUUUCGUGCUAUUUUCCUUCAUGAAAAUUCACCUAUGUUUUGUACUGAAAAAAGGGCCUAUUUGGUUGCAGCUUCCUUCAGUUUGCUGUUGUGCAGGUUCCUUUAAAGAUUUAAACAUAGAGAUUGCUAUGACAACUGUACAGUCCAAUGUUUUGAAAUAGUAAUGUGAUUUAGUUGUGUA